UAAUCACUAUAAUUUCGGUACAAAUCGCUCGUUUCCAAGUAAAUUAUCCUUCGAUCUUGCUGGCUCCGUUCUGCGUUUUAGAGAUCAUUAGACGUUCCAUACACAUGGUUGCUCGUGUCGUGGUAAAUCAUUGCUAAAUCGAUGAUGUGAGUCCCGCCAAGCAAUUUCACAGAAGACAUGUUCCACGCAUAUGUUUAUUAUGACGCGUUCGUGACGUCACAGUAUUCUAGAGCAUAGCGACCGUGCAGGCAUCACUCUGUUCUUAGUACAGCUUGCGUACAGACGUGAUCUGUGAUUGGGAAAAACUCUCAACUGUUUUGAGAAUAAUCACUCACAAAAUAUGACGAAAGGUGCAAAGAAGACGUCCUCGUGGGCCAGUUCUCGCAAGGAGAUGCCCAAGAAGGUGUGUAAGAAAUUGAUCGGUGCCGAUCCGAACCUGGGCUGGAAGCUGGCGGGAGAGAUGGUCAUCAAACGGCUGCUGGGCUCGGAUGUCGUCCCGGUGUCCUGUCCCGAGGAUUCGGCGUGCUUCGACCUCGGCACCAUCCUGGUGAAAGAUCACCAGUCGUUGACUGCCAAGGCUGCCCACCGCCACACGACUCUAAGGGCCAUCGGUACCGUCGAGGGCAUGAGCGUGAGCGCGCCGGCAAACCUGCGGACCAUCCUCACUCCCAAGGCCGAUGAGAACUGGGAAGCUCCCCCUUCAGGCUUUCCGUGGACCUAUACCAUUGGUAACGAGCAUGACGGCGAGAGGAAGAGGUUCUACGUGAAGGUUGGAGACGUCAAGAAGGAGGUGGUUCACCUGACUCUCAAGAAAGGAGACCUGCGUCUUCAACUCAACAACAACGACGACUUGAGGAAAGCCAAGGCUGUGUACAUCGUGACGGAAGCAUUCUACGCCAGCAGUCUGAAAGUUGAAGUGACGGUGGAUGAUCGCCAGGGGUCGUUCUUCACAGAAGAUAAAAUCUUGAUAGGGUUCCGCUACCAGAAGUUCAAACUCUCCAAGACAGGAGUUGUCGGUCCGGAACUGUCCACAAACAUCAAGAGAAAUAGGCGAGUUUAUUUUUUUUCUUUAGUAGCCGUGUCUUCCUCAAAAGCUCAAGGUUGUCAAAAGCUGUAAACAAUGAAUAUACCACACAGACUUUAUUUCUUGUAACACUGUCUUUAGUCUUGGUGUAAGAGUUUAUGGCUGAUGGUUAGAUAUAGAGGAAAUAUUGUUUUAACCAGCAUACGAAACUGAUGUAUCUGUUGAGUUUUUUUUUAUAUCAAUGCUUGCACUGCGCUAUAGUAGUGUUUGUACGAUGAUUUAGGAAAAACAUUGGAGAAGAUAAACGUACACUAAGUGGGUGAUAUUCUAGAACGUCACAGUAUACUAGUAGUAUCAGUCUCCGUGAUAUAAAGCAUUCCUUCUGUGUUCACCAAUCAACUAUAGAUAAACGAACAUAAAUAAGGGGAAGCAAAUAAACUGACAUAGAUAAAUUCAAAUGAACAAACAUUUUUACCUUUAAUUGUAUCUUGCAAUCAGCCUUCAAGCAUGGACUUACAAAUACAUAUUUUCAAUUCAUAAGCCCAAUUUAAAAUAUUAUGAUGGAUUAUUUCCAUUUAUUCCUACCCGUUUCAUUCAUAUAUCGUUCACUUGUUGAACCAAAUUGGCAUUUUUCUGCAUCGUUUCUCCUACAGGGAAGCUCACCUUUUUGUGAAGACCAGCUACGCGGAGAGAGUAAAGAAGCCAGUGAACGUUGCUGAGCUGAGAAAGCCUUCUAACACCACUGUAGACCUGAGCCACAAAGCGUCUCUACCGGGUAUGACUGACGAUGCGGCAGAACCAAAGUCCACAAAGGAUGAGUCCAAGGAGUGCUGGGUAAGCGCAGUGAGUGACGUCACCGACCAAAACGACAGGUGUGAGGUCAUGGACUUGGAUCAGGAGCAGGAGCAGGGCGAUGAGGGGGCAAAAGGAAAGAAGGAAAACCAUGCAGUGGCGGCGGCAGAGCACACCCAGUCAGAUGAUGCACAGUGCAGUGUCGGCUGAGACCCAGGGAGCCUGAUUAGUUUUGCUUUCUAAAUCAGCCUUAUAUUAGGGCUGUUAUGAUUUU